AUGGAGUUUGUGAUUUCGAAACGAGUCCAAUCUGGGGAAGGAGAGGAGGAGAGUUUGAAAGGAGAACAAGUAUCGAAGCAACUACAUCUGAAGUCGUCUGAAACGCAAACGCAGACGCUGAACAAAAAAGCGGUUCUUAACCGCAUCCGCAACCACAAAUGUAUUUACAAAAUCAAGAGUUUCCUUCACCCCACCGCCGCUAAUAACGGAACCACCGUCGACGCUGAUUACCGGUGGAUUGAUAACGGCGAUGUCUUCUCUUGUCCGUGA